ACUUUGAAACAUAACCUCACUUAUAAAACACAUCAACAUAGUAUAAAUAAAUUAGAAACAUUUAUAAUUUAUAAAAUGCGUUUAACUCAAAUAUUAUCAGCAAUAAGUAAAUAUUCGAAAGAUUACUCAAAUUUACCUGAUAGAUACAUAAAAAGGUCGAUGGAACAAGUAUACUGGAAAAACCCGAAAGGUAUCCAAUACAAACCUAACGCAGUAGUACAACGCAAAAACUUUAAAAUGACAAUGAAUCGUCCGUGGACUGGACAAUUCCACCAACAAAACACCGCUGGAAGGCAUCAUAAAAAAGUUUUUGUAGAACCCAUAAAAGAUUGGAGUUUCUUUCGAGGUGAUCGCGUUGAAAUUUUAGUUGGUAAAGAUAAAGGUAAACAAGGAAUAGUCAAACAAGUUAUACAAGAAAGGAAUUGGGUGGUUGUUGAAGGCUUAAAUUGUCACCUAAGGAAAGUUGGGGGUGAGAAAAAUUUUUCUGGGGUUUACAUCCAAUCGGAAGCUCCAUUAUUAGUGACAAACCAAGUGUCAUUAGUAGAUCCAGCUGAUUUAAAAUCAACUAAAAUUGAGUGGAGGUUUACUGAAGAUGGACAAAAAGUUCGAGUUUCUGCACGAACUGGAAGAAUUAUUCCCAUUCCUGCAACUUCAGACACAACAGUUGAUUAUAAGACCAAAGGUACUUAUAAAGAACAACCUAAAGAUACAGCGGCUGAUGAUGUUGCUGCUAUUACAUUUGAACCAAAACUAAAAACGUUUGAAAUGGAAAUUAUGGAUAAUAUGGGAAUUAAAGAAGAUAGAGUACCACCUAAAUCUUAUUGGUAUUAAAAUUUAUUUCUUUUAAUAAAAAUGAUUAAUAAAAACAAAUAAAAAAAAA